AUGCCUCGUAAGCAGUUCAAGGCCGAUCUGGACGACGCCAUCAAAGGCAAGCAUGGCCUCGAGUUCAUCUCCGACUGCUGUGUCCUCGAAGACGGCUUUACCUUCGCCUUUGCUCAUCCAACCCUCACAUCGCCUGUCACCAUAACUGCCAGCGUCCCAGAGCAGUCCGACUACCCCACUGCCCACUAUUACACUCUCUUCUGCGAUGAUAAUGCUUCCAAGGAUAUUGCGCACAUUGUAGACCGCCUUGGACAGCCCAGCUGCAUGACCAUCCAGCAGUUCCUCUCACAUGUCUCUGAUGCGCUCUCUGGCUCUGCUGAUAUCGAGUCUGAGGCAGAGUCGCUGCAAGACCACGACCCCGACGAUGACCUCGACGACGAAGACAUCUACGGUGGAGGGUUCGAGACUGCUGCCUCCGCGCCCGCCUUUGCCAUGCCUACCAAGACGAUUCGCGCAAACUCUUCAAGCCAGUUCCAAUCCCGCAUCCGCAGCGACCUCAGACUUGCUCAUCAAGCCGGCUUCAAGGUCUCUUGCUUUGGUGCUCUUUUCGAGAAUGACACCUGUGUCGUCUCGCUGUCUAUCUCCGCUCGCAAGCUCGGUAUCUCGGAAGAGGCUAUGCAGGCCUGGCGCAUUGAGUCUUCCGACUAUAUCAUCCUGCUCAUUCACUACAAGGAAGGUUACAAGACUAAGGAUGAUCUGAUAAGACUCACGCCGUCUUCUGUCUCCGCACAUCUCGAAAUGCGUGUGGGUGCUUCCAAGCACUACAAACCGACCCACGAUCAAGCCCGCAAUGCUUUCAGCGCCAAGGGUUCAUCAACAAUCCAAGACUGCGGCCCGACACAGUUCCGUGAUACUUUCAUAUCCAAACCCCUUAGGGAUCUCUUGUCUGAACGUCUUGUCUGCGUUAUUCGCUACAGGGGUGCUGGUAUGUCGUGGCAGGGCGCCGAGGACUCAUACAGAAUGAGACAGGCCGACCCGGAGAUAGAUGUGGGUGCCAUCGCUCAGCAUUACCAAGAGGAAGAGACGCCUGGAUACCCUGAUGUCGUCACAGCAGACCAUCUGGGUCAUUGUUCGUCCAAGGAACCACAUUCGUUCCCCCUCGCCGCUAUGCAAUUCACGCUACGCCACUUCGUUCGUUGUACCGAGUUCUGUCUCGUCUGCCACAAAAAGCUCGACACGUUAGUUGAAGCACUGAAGCCCUACGUUUGCGACGAACCGCUCUGUCUGUACCAGUACAUGACUCUCGGAUUUGGCCCAUCAAUAGAGCAUGAGAUAAUGCAUCAAGACAAGGUCGUAGACUUGCUCCUCAGCUUCUGUUACAGCAGUGCCUCCAUAGGCAGACUCAAGGACUUUCCAACUGGCCUUGCUUUGAGCGUACCCCAGUCCAUCAUCUCGCCCGUUCAGGAUUAUAUCAACAAGACGAACGGCAUUCAACCUGCACAGCCUUCAGCUUCCACUGUUCCUCGGUCUGUACCACGUCUCCAAGCUCGUUUCGACAUAACCAAGUCAGAAAUCUUGUUUGAUGAUGUCGGACCAACCUUUGUCUGCCCUCUCAAGAAAGGCGACUGGGUCGCCCUCGAGCUCCCCGAUGAGAGAGGAAGUCCAGUCUUCCAUUGCAGAGUACAAGACACACUCGGCCCUUCCGUCAAGACUGGUCCAUUGAUCAGACAAACCGCAGAACAGGAACAGCAGGAAGUCGGUACUGCCAAAUGGUCCACAGUCUUCAUCGACAAGUAUAACAUCAACUUCGACGACUUGUCCGACACUGACAAGCGCGGUACCGUACAGCGUCUGCUGGCCUUGCUUCCAUCAGUCCAAAAGAUGAAGGCCUACCUAUCACAACAGAGCACACCUGACCUGUCUCGAUGGGUCGACAAGAUCUCGCCAGCCGCCCUAUCCGUUCUUCGAUGGACUCUGGCCUCUAAUCGCUCUUGUAUCGUCGAGGUUGAGCCGGAGAGGGCUGUGCACGGCAUGAGCGGAUACAUGCAAUUUCGCUUUGCCAUGGGUGCCCCUGACAAGGAACACCGUUUUCUAAAGGCUGUCAAGGAUACCACGGCUCGGCUCAAAUCCAAGUAUCCAACCAUGUACGCGUGGCAUGGUAGCUCUAUCCAGAAUUGGCACAGUAUUAUCCGUGAGGGUCUUCACUUCAACGAGACCAUGAACGGCCGUGCUUACGGACACGGUGUCUAUCACUCUCCACAUUACGCUACCUCACUUGGCUACUCCGGUAUGCAUUACUCGACUGCAGCAGGACCACACAUGUGGCCCAGUUCGGACUUGCAAAUUUCAGGAGCUAUGGCGCUGAACGAAAUCGUCAAUGCGCCAGACGAGUUUGUCUCCAAGACGCCUCACUACGUGAUCAGUCAGCUAGACUGGAUCCAGACUCGCUACCUCUUCGUGAAGUGCGGUGCUAGUGGUGAUUACGUUCUGCCAACAUUCGACCAACUACCAGAGCACAAGCUGGAGCAGGAUCCUACCCGCAUUCCCAUGGGUGAGCGAACGCAAAUCGUUAUUCCAGCACUCCACCCCAAGGCUGGGAAGCGUAAGCUGCCUAGCACCGCAACACCUAGCCCGCGCAAGAUCAAGAAGGUGAAGAAGGACUUGAAGAAUAAAAUCGCAAGCAAAGUUGUUGACUUGACUGGUGAUGACGAUGGUGAGGUCGAGUCCUUUUCCAACGACAGUGAGGUCAGCGACAGCUUGAGCGUCACUACUGACGAUGAAGACCGUGAGAUCUUCGAAGAGCCCAAUUCUCAACAAAUGCUGGCUAUCAGAACAGGCCCGCCGCAAACCGACUUCAUUCCAGGUUCUCUGGACCACGAUCAGCUCCCCAAGCUACCAAUGCCUUCGUAUGCCAAUACCGCCACGACCAAGAGACUGAAUCAGGACCUAAAAGCCCUGAUCGACGUUCAGAAGAAAACACCGCUCCAUGAGCUUGGCUGGUACAUCGACCCUGAGAAAGUCAACAACCUCUACCAAUGGAUUGUAGAGCUGCACAGCUUCAACAUGUUCAACGAGGAGAACCAUGUGUUGCCUCUUGUCACCGACAUGAAAAAACACAACGUCAAGAGCAUCGUCCUCGAGCUUCGCUUCCCUGGCUCCUACCCUAACAACCCUCCCUUCAUCAGAGUCAUCCGCCCCCGCUUCUUGCCUUUCAUGAACGGUGGCGGUGGACACGUCACUUCGGGAGGCGCCAUAUGUCACGCCCUUCUGACUACAGACGGCUGGCUUUGCACUACUACGAUCGAAUCUGUUUUGUUGCAGAUCCGCAUGGCCAUGGCCUCAACAGAUCCAAAGCCUGCGCGCUUGGAGGUCAGGGGUCAAUACACCGCAGGGGACUCCAACUCAUAUGGUUCUGGAGAAGCUAUUGAGGCUUACAAGCGUGCUUGCAUGACUCACGGAUGGACUGUCCCCGCCGACUUUGACCAGACGGUUGCUGAACAGCCACAGCAGGAGUAG